AUGAAGCAGGUCAACCCAGAGCUCUAUUCCUCCUAUGUUCCCAUGUCCUUUUACUUUGACCAGGAUGGUGUUGCCCUGCAUCACCCUGCUGAGCUGUCAUAUGAGGAAUGGGAACACGCUGAGAAACUGAUGAAAUUCCAUAAUAAACAUAGAGGCCGAAUCAGUUUGGAGGAUAUCAAGAAACCAGAGUUGGGUGAGUGGAGCAAUGAACUGGAGGCAAUGCAGGGAGCUCUCCAGUUGGAGAAGGCUCUGAACCACAGUCUACAGGAUCUGCACAAACUGUCAUCUUGGAACACUGACCCUCAUCUCUGUGACUUCCUGGAGACUCACUACUUGAAUGAACAAAUGAAGAUGAUCAAGAAGCCUGGAGAUCACAUGUUAAAAAAAGAUGAGGGGGAUAAAUCCAGCAACUACAGGGCAGUUAGCUUAAUAUUAUUGCUGGAGAACCUUUUAGAGACAAUAAUCCAGCAAUUGGAAAAGAAUGGGCUAAUAAAUAAAAGUCAGCACAGAUCUGUUAAAUCAAGUUUGACAAAGUAG